AUGUUAAGGAAACAAUUCGAAGACUAUUGUGAACUAUACAAGAUCGAGGGGGUAGAAGUGGACGAACACGAGAUGAACGCACUUGUAACCUUCGAUGCAGAAGACAUCGAGGAAGAUAUGGAAGAUCACAACGAUCCCUUGGUCCUUACCUUACCAGUGGCAGGGUGCAAUACCAAGAAGAUCCUCAUUGAUGGAGGGAGUUCGGUUAACGUUCUAUUCUACGACACAUUCAAGCGAAUGGAGCUUAACGAUGAGCAACUGAUGUCUUCGUAUUAUACGAUUUACGGUUUCAAUGGGGCACCUACAAAGUCGUUAGGAGACAUUGUUUUGCAAGUGGACGCAGGACCAAUGAAAUUUGACACUCGUUUCAGUGUGGUGUACGCUCCUUCCCCCUAUGACGCCAUCAUUGGCCGAAGAUGGGUGCACCAGCUCAAGGGAGUAGCAGCGACCUAUCAGUACCUUAGAUUUCCAACACCCGAAGGGGUAAUGUAA